AACUGGACUGAUGCUCAGAGUUACUGCAGGACAUAUUAUGAAGACUUGUCAACCAUCACAAGUCAAGAAGAACAAGACUUGCUAAAACAGCUGGCAGAAGGAAACAGUUUAGACAAGUGGAUCGGUCUGUAUAGGAACAAAUCCAACAUUAAUCAGUUUCUGUGGUCUGAUGGAAAUUUGUUUUCUUACUCAAAGUGGGAAACCGGUCAGCCCAAUAAUCUUUAUGGAUUUCAGUACUGUGUGUCCUUAAGGCACAACUGGUUUGACUAUGAGUGUUUUAAGUUGUAUACUUUUUUCUGCUACAAGACGGUCUUCAUUCUUGUUAAAGAGAAGAGGACAUGGGAGGAAGCGCUGCUGUACUGCAGGACUCACCACACUGAUCUGGCCAGCAUCACCACUGAGAGACAAUUAGAGCUGGCAAAAAGAGGCACAAGAGAAUCUCAGACAGAAAGUGUGUGGACAGGUCUGCGCUACCUGGUUGGGGAAUGGUUCUGGGUCAGCAACCAGCCUCUGGGGAUUCAGACUUCACUGCCAGAGUGCCCAACUCAGCCCUAUCAAUGUGGAGCCCGUAACACUAAAACUGACAAUUGGGAGAACAGAGACUGUGCUGAGAAGCUCAACUUCCUCUGCAACUGA